AUGGUACCUGUGAAUAACACUACUUGGUCAGGAGGAAUGCUGACGCCAGUACCAGAGGCUAUAACGACAGGAGUCAUACUUGUCAUUCUCAUCGUUGCGACUGCUUUUGGAAAUUUGUUGGUUAUAACAUCUGUGCUGACACAACGUUCUCUCCAAGUGGUCCAGAAUUAUUUUAUUGUUUCCCUUGCAGUUGCUGAUUUGUUAGUGGCUAUUUACAUUAUGCCUUUGUCGACCAUCAAUUAUCUUUAUGGUUAUUGGAUUUUCAGUUAUUCACUCUGCGACAUAUGGCUGACCAGCGAUGUGUUUUUGUGCACAGCCUCGAUACUAAAUCUGUGUGCGAUUGCCUUAGAUCGUUACUGGGCAAUCACCGAUCCCAUCGCAUAUGCUGCUAAACGAACCCGGCGCCGUGUAUUAGUCAUAAUUGCGUUUGUUUGGGGAUUGAGUGCUCUCAUUUCAAUGCCACCACUGGUAGGGUGGAAUGAUCAUACAAGAGUGUACGAUGGUGAACCAUGGGAGAAACUAUGUCUGCUUACAUCGGAACAGGGGUAUGUCAUAUAUUCAGCUAUGGGUUCAUUUUAUGUUCCCUUUAUCGUAAUGGCAGUGGUGUAUUUUCGUAUUUAUAAAGCAGCUAGACUACGCAUUCGCAAACGUCGACCGGCAAGCACAGCUACGUUCACGAGUCAGCCGACCAAUUUUAAACAAAGCUCAAGCAGCGAUAGUAACCUGCAAGAUGGCUCGAAUCGGAUGGGAACUCCGUCUGUUACUAUGACAGCGAACUCAAGUGUGAAAGACAUGAUAGACCAAAUGCGAGAGGAAAAGACGAGGAUAUCAGUUAGCAGAGAGCGGAAAGCCGCGCGGACACUAGGAAUAAUCAUGGGUUCAUUCGUGUUAUGUUGGCUGCCGUUCUUCAUCAUGUACAUUAUAAUGCCUUUCUGUGGCUCGUCUUGCGGUAUGAAUAAAUACGUUGAAGCCUUUAUUACAUGGAUAGGCUAUGCAAAUAGCUGUGGAAAUCCGGUAAUUUAUACCAUAUUUAACAGAGAAUUUCGCACUGCCUUUACCCGGAUGUUGUGUGGAUUGGUGGUCUGUUUUGUCCUUAGCUUUUACAAGAUGGUCACUCGACCUCUCACUGUUGGAAUGGGGGAAUCCCAACAUCGAGGCCCGCAGAAACACGUCCAACAAUAUGAGAACUUGACAAACCAGUCAAAAGAGUGGGGAGACAAAGAGCCAGAGCAUCUCAAUGCACCAUACAAAGAUUAUUUGCAAGAACAAGUGCUGAAGAAGAUGGAAUUGGAUUCUGAAUCAGAAGUGAAGGCAGAUGCGGUGCCAGAUGAUACAGUAAAGUAG